AUGAGUGGUAAUGAAGAUUUUAUAUAUGAUGAUAAUUCAUCAUCAUCGAUUAGUAACCAAACAGAUGGUGGUGGUGGUGGUGGUAGUAGCAAUAACAAUAGUGGUGGUAAUGCAAAUAAUAAUAAUAAUGAAGGAGAUAGAGAACAAGAUAGAUAUUUACCAAUUGCAAAUAUAAUUAGAAUAAUGAAAAAAGCAUUACCAAAUAAUGCAAAAGUUGCAAAGGAUGCAAAAGAGACCGUUCAAGAUUGUGUCUCUGAAUUCAUUAGUUUCAUUACAAGUGAAGCGAGUGAUAAAUGUCAACAAGAGAAAAGAAAAACUAUAAAUGGUGAAGAUAUAAUUGCUGCAAUGGUUAGUUUAGGUUUUGAAAAUUAUGUUGAACCUUUAAAAGUCUAUCUUUUAAAAUAUAGAGAAACUGAGAAAAAUUCAAAUAAUAAAAGAUCACCAAAGAAAUCUGAAUCAUCUUCUCCUCCUGAAUCACCACCUUUAGCCCAUCUUGAUAAUAGUAUUAAUAGUGGCUAUCAACCACCACCACCACCUCAACAACAACAACAACAACCACCACAAGUUCAACAACAACAACAACAACAACAACAACAACAACAACAACAACUUCAACAACAACAACAACUUCAACAACAUCAACAACAACAACUACAACCACAGCAACAACAACAACACUUACAACAACACUUACAACAACAACAACCACAACAACAACAACAACCACCACAACAACAACAACAACAACUUACUACAACCACAACCACUACAUCUACUAAUAAUCAGCAAUAUCAACAACAACCACAACAACAACAACAACAACAACAACAACAACAACAACAACAACAACAACAACAACAACAACAACAACAACAACAACAACAACAACAACAACAACAACAACAACAACAACAAGUGCAACCACCAUAUAUAUUACAACAACAUAACAUUCAACAGCCAAAUGUGUUUUUAAAUCAACAAGCUCAGCAACAACAACAACAACAACAACAACAACAACAACCAAUGAUGAACAUUCAAUCUCAUCAACAACAAUUCCCACAACAACAUCAAAUCCAACAACACUUACAACAACAACAUCAACAUUUACAACAAAUUCACAACAUGCAACCACCCCAUCAACAAAUGCAAUUUAAUCAACAAUUCCAAAUGUCACAACAAAUUCAAAUGCCACAACAAUUCUCAAACAAUAAUAAUAAUAAUAAUAAUAAUAAUAAUAAUAAUAAUAAUAAUAAUAAUAAUAAUAACAGUAAUAAUAAUAAUAAUAACAACAACAAUAAUAAUAAUAAUAAUAAUAAUCCUAAUAAUAAUAUCAAUAACAAUCUUAAUAAUAGUAGCAACAGUCUUCACAAUAGUGGCAAUAGUCUUCAUAACAGUGGAAAUAGUGGUCAAAUCCCACCACUCUAUCAACAACCAUAUAUUUCAACAAAUCCUGAAUAUCCGUCAACAUCAUAA